AUGCAUUUUGUAAUCAAUUUAAAGACUAGAGUGGCUUGUAGUGUGUCAGGAAAAGGAACAUGUGUCGAUCCCUUCUGCUAUCUAACACCAAUCAAUGAAACGACAAAUGCAAUUAAUAUUGGAUGUGGAAAUGUUACAAGACCUUUGAACAAAAUAUUUAUUCGCCAAAAAUUCUAUUUUAAACUUUUCUCGGAUUAUCUUGCAUUUGAUUUCUUCCCGGAUAUCGAAUAUUGCAGCUUUUACAAGCGAGCUGAUAGGAAUUCAUUUUUCUAUUACAUUCUCAAAACUAUGAAGUCAAAAGCUCCUGAUUUUAUUCAUCGAUGUCCUUAUGAGGGAAAAGAUCUUCAAGUGAAAAAUUUGAUACUUGGAGCAUCCGAUAUUGCACUUUGGAUUACUGGCGAAUACAAAGUCGUUUACACAUUUUUCGAUGAUGAAGAUGAGAAAAUUUUAAGAGUUUCAGCGAUGGGAAUACUCAAAAGAAAUUGAAAUAUGUUUUAAAUUUUAUUUAUUCGAUUAAGUACAAAACUCAAAGAUCGUUUUCAUAUUUAUAAAUGUUUUUUUAAUUGAAAUGUUGAC